AAAACCUUGCACUAUAUCACCUCCUCGAAAACCCUAAUAUUCACUCGACAUCACACGCCAUUAGCCUCACUCUUCGCCUCUGGUCAGCUGCUUCCUCAAAUCGUCGAAAAUGCCGUUCAAGAGGUUCGUGGAGAUCGGAAGAGUCGCCCUUGUCAACUACGGGGAGGACUAUGGGAAGCUCGUUGUUAUCGUCGAUGUCAUAGACCAAAAUAGGGCGCUUGUUGAUGCUCCUGACAUGGUGAGGAGCCAGAUUAAUUUUAAGAGGCUUUCACUCACAGAUAUCAAAAUUGACAUCAAAAGGAUCCCAAAGAAGAAGACCCUCGUUGCUGCUAUGGAGGCUGCUGAUGUGAAGAGCAAAUGGGAGAGCAGUUCCUGGGGAAGAAAGUUGAUAGUUCAGAAGAGGAGGGCCUCACUUAAUGAUUUUGACAGGUUCAAGCUUAUGCUGGCAAAGAUAAAGAAGGCUGGAGUUGUAAGGCAGGAGCUUGCUAAGCUUAAGAAGGAGGCUGCUUAAGAACUCUUUUAUUAGUGAGAUUUGUAUGAUAGGAGUUUUGGAAGUUGUUUGCGUUUUGCUUUUAGAUUUUGGUUCAUUACUGGCAAGUCUUUUGGUUUUAUCUUUGGUGUCAUUGAAGACGCCUAGAAAUCAGUUUCCCAAUAGUUUUAAUUUGAAUUAUGAUGGUGAACAUUUUCUUCCAAAGUUUCAAGGAUUACCUUCGCAGACACUUGAUUUUGUUGCUCAA